CUCUCUCUCUCUCUUUCCAAAUCAAAACCUAUUCCUCUCCUCAUCCUCAACUCUUUUUGUACUCAACCCACCCAUCUGUGUUGCUAUAAAAGAGGACCAGACCGCAGUUGAGAGGCGCGGCUUCUGUUUCUGUUGUUGUCGUUGUUGUUGUCGUGUCAGCUAGCACUGCUGCUGCUGCUGCUGCCAGCCACUGGAGCGCUUCUAGGAAACCGAGGUGGGAGGAGGAGGAGGAGGAACAGGGAAGAUAAGAGAGCAUGAGCUAUACGGUGGUGGGGUGGUCAUGGAGGUGGUGCUUGUCCCUGGGCAUCAUAGGGGCUUGCAUGUUCGUGGCGCUCAAGGUGUUGGACUUCCUGUGGUGGCGGCCGAAGAGGCUGGAGGAGCACUUCGCAAGGCAGGGCAUAAGAGGCCCCCCCUACCGCUUCUUCGUCGGCUGCGUCAAGGAGAUGGUCGGCCUGAUGCUGGACGCUUCCUCCAAGCCAAUGAUGCCUCAGACCUCUCACAACAUCCUCCCAAGAGUCCUCUCCUUCUAUCACCAUUGGAAGAAGAUCUACGGCUCCACAUUCCUGCUGUGGUUCGGCCCUACCCCGCGCCUCACUGUCGCAGACCCCGACCUCAUCAGGGAGAUCUUCUUGUCGCGGUCCGACGUCUUCGAGCGCUACGAGUCCCACCCGCUGGUCCGGCAGCUCGAAGGCGAGGGGCUGGUGAGCCUCCGAGGCGAGAAAUGGGCUCAUCACAGGAAGGUCCUCACCCCCACCUUCCACAUGGGGAACCUCAAGCUCCUGAUACCUUUCAUCGGGAAGACGGUUCUGGAUAUGGUGGAGAAGCUGCCGACCUCCGGCGACGAGGUGGAGAUCGACGUGUCGGAGUGGUUCCAGACGGUGACCGAGGACGCCAUCACCCGGACAGCAUUCGGCCGGAGCUACGACGACGGCAAGGCCGUCUUCCAGCUGCAGGCCCAGCAGAUGGUCUUCGCGGCCGAGGCCUUCCGCAAGGUGUUCAUCCCCGGCUACAGGUUCCUGCCGACGAAGAAGAACACGAACUCGUGGAAGUUGGAGAAAGAGAUCAAGAGGAGCCUGAUCAGGCUCAUCGGCCGGCGGAAGGAGCGGCUGGGGGAGGAGGGGAAGCCCGACGGCAGCGUGAAGGACCUGCUGGGCCUGAUGAUCGACGCGAGCGCGUCGAAGCAGGGCGCGGUGCAGGCGGCGUCGCCGAAGCCUGUUUCGUCACCGCCGUCGACGAUCACCGUCCGGGACAUCGUGGAGGAGUGCAAGACCUUCUUCUUCGCGGGAAAGCAGACCACCUCCAACCUGUUGACGUGGACGACGGUGCUCCUGGCCAUGCACCCGGAGUGGCAGGAGCGCGCGCGGGCGGAGGUCCUCCGCGUGUGCGGUGCACGUGAUCUCCCUACCCGCGAUCACCUCGCCAAGCUCAAGACGCUGGCGAUGAUACUGAACGAGACGCUGCGGCUGUACCCGCCGGCGGUGGCGACGAUCCGACGGGCGAAGGCGGAGGUGGAGCUGGGCGGGUACCACAUCCCCCGGGGGACGGAGCUGCUGAUCCCCAUCAUGGCCGUCCAUCACGACGCACGGCUGUGGGGCCCGGACGUGACCCAGUUCAACCCGGCCCGGUUCGCCGAAGGCGCCAGCCGCGCCGCCCGCCACCCCACCGCAUUCAUCCCCUUCGGCCUGGGCCCUCGGAUGUGCAUCGGCCAGAACCUGGCCCUCCUCGAGGCCAAGCUCACCGUCGCCGUCCUCCUCCAGCGCUUCGCCUUCCGCCUCUCCCCUUCCUACGUCCACGCCCCAACCGUCCUCAUGCUCCUCUACCCCCAGUACGGCGCCCCCAUCCUCUUCCGCCCCCUGCCUCUGCCGUCCGAUCCCUCAACGACGGCCACGACUCACACCCAAAGCUUCUCGUGACAGACUGCUUCCUCCCUCCAUCAUCUUCUUCUAUUACUGUCAUGACUUUGACCCUCUUGGUAUCAUCAUACACGUUGACCAAACCACCCUGUAAGCUUGUGCCUCGACUAUGUGACCAGUGACCACCACCACUACUAACUUGGCCGUCCUCUGCAAUGUAAAAGCUCGGGAUACCCUUAACACUGCACCUCUUUAGGUGUCAAUGAAGCGAAACCAGUCUUCCUCUCUCCUUUUUCUCCUCUUCUUUUUUUUUUUUGGUCUACAUCUCCACCAUGGCUUUGGUGCAUGUACUACUACUGUAUUAUACCCCUCUUUCCAGCUUUUGCAAUACACGAUUUGUUUAUCCUUG